CUUGCCCCAAUCUUACGAUCACCCCACCUUCUCCAGCAUCCCGCCGCCAUCGUUACCGCUCAGCACCCACAGCUCUCCAGGCCAGUCAUUUCUCAGUCUCCCGGAGACGGCGAGCAGGGGACGGCAUACAUCGCUCGAUCUGGGUCGAGGACGCGGCAGAUCUGGAUCCCCGAUGAGCGCAAGCUUGACACCCGUCCACUCGCGCACGCCAUCACAUGACCCCACCCGUUCCCGCUCCCGCGCCCAGUCCCCUAUACGUGCCCGCCGGGAUUCUCCCUUGCCAUCUCCCCCUCGCAAUCCGUACCAUGUACCCGGCGACGCGACGCCCCCAAAUGCGCCCCCGCGGUCCUGGUGGAACAAGCGCAAGCCUCAAGACGACUGGGCCACCUCCGACCCGAACGCAGCGAACCCGCACAUGGUCGAAGAUGGAGAGGAUGAAGAGGAUGAAGAAGGCGGAGACGAUGGAGGAGCGGGCGACAGCGCUGUGGGAGGACCAAACUGGUCUGCUGCGUAUGCCGCUGGUGCGUCUUCCUGCGCUCAGCGUGAAGCCGAGGUGCACGAUAUACUCGGUGAUUCGCCUCCCAUGACCCGCAGCCCGCGCACGAAGCAUCGCGCGCUGUCCAUUGAGAAAGUCGACGCGAUUAGCGCCCCUGCUGCUGUACGCAGCAUCUCCGAACCACAGCCGCCACCUUCAACCUCCAGCACCUCUGUCAAGUUCCCCGGUGGGACACCCCCGAUGGUCGCGAAGGAUCUUCCUGCGCUGCCGCGUGGCAAGUCUGCGCCUCAAACAGGCAUUCUCUCCGCCCUCGGAGUUGGACUGGAAGAGAAGGAGCACGAGGAACGCAAGGUCAAUAGCUUCUUCGGCAAGGGCAACGCUUUGUCCUCGGUCAAAGCCUCGGCGUCACCCAGCAAGGCACCUUCCUCCCUCGGAUCGGUUACCUCAGUGCGAAGGAAAGCACGGAACAGCACGGGCAGCGGCAGCAUCUCGUCUGCGGUAUCAAAAUUAUAUAACCCGUUCUCCCGACGCCAAACAGACAAGAAUGGACCUGGGAGUCACACAUCGCCAGCUCGCCCAUCUCUUGCCAACGACCCGCCUGCUCAAACACAAGGUGACGAGAAGGGGAAGAAGCCAGAGCCUCCGGAGCGUCAGGAGUCUUCGACGUCCUCGGCGAGUCGUCCGCGCGCGGGAUCAUGGGCCGGUAUGGGUCAACACCAUGUCAAGAAGGAGGACAAGGAGGCACGCAAGCGUACCAAGCAGCAUGUUUCUGUUGCCAUCAACUCCAUCCUCAACCCUGAGGAAAUCGAGCAGCAGGCACCCCGUGUGGGUAAGAGACUGAGGAUAAAAAACACUGUCGUACAUGCGGGACACGUCGCAGCACCCAUUGCCAAAGAGGCGUUGAAUGUGGCGAUCGAUGUCACCAGAUUUGUACCCGUCCUUGGACUCGAAGAGGCAGCCCGGACGUUACUUAGUAUCUGGGAGGCUAUGGAGCAGGUCGAUACCAAUCGCCUCGCGUGCCUGAGACUCAUCGAACGAUGCGCGACCAUCCUGUAUUCUGUCAGGAUCGAGGUCGACGAAGCUGGUAGUGCUGUCGGCGACGAGCUCGAGGGCCCUCUCGGCAGACUUGUAGCAGCCUUGCACGAGAUCCAUGCGUUUCUUCUGCGGCAGGUAAACCGCCCAUUUAUCAAGCGUUAUCUCAAGCGCGACGAGAUUCUGCGUGAGAUUACUGCUUGUGAUCGUGCACUCACCGAUGUCGUGGGUAUGUUUGGAGUUUCGAUCCAAAUCCGUGUCUUGCGCCAAGUCCAAGAAGUCACGGCAGAGCAACGACGAAACUGGGCCGUGCUCAGCCAGACGGCUAUGGUGGGCGGCAACAGGCUCGGGCUCACUGGCGUCGACCAGCCGCCAGCGACGGGCAGUGGUGCAUCGCCACCCCCUAUUUACUCAUCGUUAGGGCCACCCUCUGGGCACGCAUCGCCUGGAGGGAGCUCCGCCCACCUGACACCUACACCUUCGCAUCCCAACCUCGAAGAAUCCGUGUCAACGCUAAGGCCACCAACCCUGCCUUACGUCCAGAGCAGCACGUCGACGGACACCGCGGUCACGGCCAUUCCGCCACGCCCAGACUACAUCCGGCAGCUCACCGAGCUGCAUCAUCACCAGAACGCGGAGGACCACGUGCGUGACGAGGAGGCGCUACGUGUGCUCCUCCGAGCUGCGAUCGGGUCGCACAGCGAUGAGGAGAUGAUGCGCAUGAUGCAGAUCGGCAAGGGCGAGAUUCCAGAGGCGGUGCGCACGCUCCGGCGCGCGCUGGAGUUGCAGGAGCCCGAGGCGGGUGGAGGGUCGCCUAGCAGCGAGCCGGGCUGGAUCGAUGAGUCUGAGCCCGUGCCUGAGAUUGGCGGGGCAGCGAAGAAGUAUGCGCGACAUGGGGUGUCGAAUCGCAGAGACACGCUCGAUCGGGAGUUUUUGGAGAGUGGGAUUGACGCGAUGACGAGGUUGAGUGCGAGGCCGGGGUUCAUCAAGGACGCGUCGAACAUCGGGGUGUCGGAGGAUGAUGCGCCCGCUCCUUGGGAUUUGCCCAGUUGGACAAUUACCCGCUGGGAAGUCGACCGUAUCAGCAAAAUUGGUGUCGGGUUCUUCUCUGACGUUUACCUCGGUCGUUGGCGCGAGCACCAUGUUGCCAUCAAGGUUCUCGGCCCGACUGUCCCGCGCUCGCUCUUCGUCAGGGAGGUCUCGAUCUGGCGAGAGCUUCGCCAUCCCAACGUGCUCCGGCUGUACGGCGCAAGCAGUGCCGCUGGCGAGAAACCGUGGUUCAUCGUUAGCCACUACUGUAACGGCGGGAGCCUUGUCAAGUGGCUGAAGCUCGCCAAGGACCGGGAGCUCGAUGCGACGAGGAGCGGUACGGGUAGCGAACUCUUGAGGCAGGCGAGUCCGAGACAGAGGGAGAAGAGGCGGGUCGCGAGUGUUGGGGACUCUUUAGUCUCGCCCGAAGUCGAUGUCAUUCGCUGCAUGCAUCAAGUUGCAAAGGGGAUGGAGUACCUCCAUUCGAAGGGAGUUUUCCACGGCGAUCUCAAGGCUGCUAAUGUACUCGUUGACGAGAGUGGGCGCUGCGUUAUCUCUGACUUUGGUCAGAGCGAGCUCAAGUCGGAAGCGUACCGCUUGAGCGGGACGGCCCUGCCGCACGGUACUCUGCGUUGGCAAGCCCCCGAGCUCGUUGACGGGGAUAACAGGCUCAAGCCCGAAAUCGAUGUCUACGCGUUCGCUAUCUCGUGUAUUGAGAUUCUUGGUAUGGGCGACCUCCCUUGGUCACUUCUUGAUGACACCACUGUGGCUCACUUGAUCUUUGACAACGAUAGGCGACCGCCCUUCCCUCAUCAUAAGCAGAGCACUGAAGCUCUGAGGAUGUUAAUCACUCGCUGCUGGGCUCGCGAUCCUGCAUUACGGCCACCUUUUUCGGACAUCGCUACUGAACUCAAGCGGCUUCGUCGUCCUGUGGAUGAAGGAAGUCCUCAUCCGCCCAAGGACGCGGAUGCGUGGGCUGAGCCUGGCCUGCACCGCAUUGUAUUUCCGUCGCCCGAUCCCCGACCAACGACUGGUCUCCCCGUUGUCGAGUCAGCCAUCACGCCGCCGCAACAGACGGUGCCGCUUGAUGACUCGGACGUGUAUGAAACAGCGAGCUCGCAUAUGGCGAGCGACGGGAGAGACUCGAGGUCGUCUCGAGAUAUGACAAUGUCGCCUGUCUCGGAUUCGAGCGCCAGUCAAGGGCCACCCGAGCCGUUCAAACCGAUCGGCGCGCCGCAUCGGCAUCAUACUGGCCACAGUCACGAGGGCCAGGUCGACUUUCCUGUGCCCGUUAUCUAUACGCCGUCGAGGCAGUCAUCGAUGCCUGGGGACGAUUCGGAGUCUGGGAGUGGGACGUCGUCCCUGUUCAGCUCAAGCCCGCCUGCGAGUCUGAAGAAUCUGCCUAGUCCGACAGUGGCGGGAUCCGCUGCGGACGAGUAUGCUGGGUAUACAUCGCCGCCGCUGUUGGAUGAUCGGCAGAAGCUGUUGCGAGACGAGAGGAGAUAUCGACUGCUCGCGAGACAUACGCACGAGUUCAACCAUACCUUGACACUUCCCUUGUGGUCGCCCUCGCAUAUCGCGCUUGGGUCCGUCGGAUACUUGUCCAAGCCUUCCGGCGAAUUCGUCGUCUUGUUCAACGCGUUAGACCCCGUGAAGACAUCGGACGGAGUGCUCAGCGGGAUGCCGCGGCUCCAGGGAUACGGGGACGUCAAGGAGGGAAAGCAGCGGCAGGACAAGCGCAACGCUGCUCAACGUACUUUUUUGGAUGCUAUCCCUCGCUCGCUCGCCGGGCUCCUGACAUUCAAGGACAAGGGAGACGGGUCGUAUUCGGAAAGUGUCAGCCGACGCUAUUCGUUCCCUUUGAGAGCCGGUACGAAAGCUGCGUACGUCUUCGCCGAGUCGACGAUGUAUCGCUUCAUCGAAAACCUCGACGCACCCAAGAGCUGGUUCAAGGCGAACGUGGAUACCAUAAUGAAACAGUAUGCUUCGAGCCAUCUUAUCCAAAAGGAGGACGUCUUCCUUGUUGUCGGCACGCUCGAUGCCCCUGACUACGCUCUGUUCGUGAGCCAUGCUCACCCCGACGGACACGCCCACUUCAACGUCUACGCGAAUCCGCGAGUGGGGCAGUCUUGGGGCACGUUUACGACCGACGCCGAGACCUCCGCUGCUGAGGAGGGGCCUUCGUACCAGGAAGAGAUACCCGAACGUGCUCUGUUCGCGAGCAAGGUCUCGGACACUACGUCGGGCACUCCUCCGACGAGUCGCUGGGACACCCUCUUGCUUGGGCGACUACGCUUUAAGCCCGACGUUGAUGAGCCGACGUCGCUAUAAAUUUGUGCAUACGCGCUUGGAUGGAAACAUCUCUCGGAACGGACACAGUUCAUUUACCCAGUCAUCAUUAUAUCCAGUAUUUACCGAGCAACUCAGUCUGCAUUGACGUUCUUUACCUCGUAUUUCGUUUCUUGUAGUUCAUUAGCAUGUGUAGCCUAGGUAGCGAGUAAAUGAAGAGGAAGCCUUGGAGGGUC